AUCAGCCAUGCACAUGCCACGUUAUGCUCCUUCCAUGUUCAGGGAAUUCGACAGGUGGAAGGACUAUCUGAGCCUUGCAAAGGUGGUUACGGAGAUCGUCGAAGAACGCAAGAGGGUCCAGUCUCAGAGUUGGGACAUGAUGGACUGUGACAUGCAGCUAGUCCUCAAUGAGGACGACACGGAAACGACAUCGCAGUGGCUCAACGGAAGCGGAUCCAGCAGCAAGAGCUCCAAAGGCAGCGCCAAUGGCCAGGCUUCCCAAAACAAGGAGAUGUGCAAUUUUUGCAAACACAAUGGGGAAUCCAAGCAGGUCUAUUCGUCCCACCGGCUGAAGGGAGCGGACGGUGCCGUGGAAUGCCCCAUCUUGCGCAAAUACACCUGUCCGCUCUGCGGUGCCACCGGCAACAAGGCCCAUACGUUGAAAUACUGCCCACUGAGCCAAGGGAAGCGGUCGCUGUAUCGCAAGUGCGGACGCAACUCGGCUGGACGCAAGGUCAAGAGAUAA